AUGGGCGAGCAAGAAGGAGAAGACGGGGCCGGAGGAGAAGCCUUUCUACUACCCAGUUGCCAAGAGAGCAUUUUCGAUCGUGUGCAGAGGGAGAAGGCGGAGCAGUUGGAAAUCGUGGCGAUGCAGCAGAGGACGGCGAGAGGGGGAGUUUUGGGCUACGGUCACAAGUGUGUUAUAUUCGUCCAUGGACGUGGCUUUGCUGUCCUCGCGGCUGGAAUCGGAUUCUACUUUGGCCAAAUGAUUCCACAGAAAGGCGAUACGUCGUCCACCGCGCCGCUUCUCACCUUCAUCCCGCCGAGACAUAACCUCUCGGAAGCGAAUAUGGAGGCCGCGUGGGUUGAUUUCCGCGACAUCGUGGGGAAAGACAAUAUCUCGCUCGAUAGCAACGAUCUCGCAUCACACUCUGGGUCGUCGUGGUCCUCGCAUCCCGCGCUGCCAGGCGACAUACCCUUCUGCGUCGUCAAGCCCGGCAGCACGCAGGAAGUCAGCGCCAUCAUGGCAAUCUGCCACGAGCGCAAAAUCCCCGUGACGCCAUACAGCGGCGGGACAAGUCUGGAGGGCCAUUUCGCCGCGACAAAGGGUGGCAUAUGUAUAGAUUUCUCCCGCAUGGACCAGAUCCUCAAACUGCACAAGGACGACCUCGACGUCGUGGUUCAACCUGCAGUCGGCUGGGAACUGCUCAAUGAAGAACUCGCCAAAGAGGGAUUAUUCUUCCCGCCGGACCCCGGCCCAGGCGCGAUGAUAGGCGGCAUGGUCGGCACGGGGUGUUCUGGCACAAACGCGUAUCGCUACGGCACCAUGAAGGACUGGGUAAUCAGCCUGACGGUCGUACUCGCCGACGGCACGAUUAUCAAAACCCGCCAAAGACCGCGCAAGAGUAGCGCCGGCUACGAUCUCACGCGCAUGUUUAUCGGCAGCGAAGGCACACUCGGUCUCGUGACCGAAGCCACGCUCAAAGUCACAGUCAAACCCCAACACACCUCCGUCGCCGUGUGCGCGUUUCCCAGCAUACGUGCUGCGGCCGAUUGCGUGUUCAGCGUCGUCGGCGCGGGCGUGCCCAUCGCUGCUAUUGAGAUAUUGGACGACGUGCAAAUGCAGUGCAUCAACGACGCCGGCCAAACAUCCAAAACAUGGGCCAACGCACCGACGCUAUUCUUCAAAUUCGCUGGCACGCCCAAUGCAGUUAAAGAGCAGGUCGGCCAGGUCCAAUCGCUUGCGAAGCGCGCAGGCAGCGUGAGUUUCGAAUUCGCCAAGAGCGAGCAGGAGAAGGAGGAUUUGUGGCAGGCGCGGAAAGAGGCGCUUUGGAGUGUUAUGGCGAAGACGGGGGGAGACCCGGAUAUGGCUGUUUGGACGACGGAUGUCGCUGUGCCGAUUUCGAAAUUGCCGCAGAUUAUUGAGGAGACGAAGGAGGAGAUACGGAAGACGAUCAUUCUGUACAACAAGAAAACAGAGUACGAAAAGGCCAAACACCUCGUGCACGACCAGGUCAAGCGCGCAAUCGAGCUCGAAGGCACGGCGACAGGCGAACAUGGAGUCGGACUCGUUAAGCGCGACUAUCUCCCGCAUGAGCUGGGCGAGAGUACCGUGGACGCAAUGAGGCAAUUGAAGAAGGCAUUUGACCCGUUGUGUCUGCUAAACUGCGAUAAGAUAGUGCGUGCGUCAAGUCCGAAGGAAGGGGAAGUAGCUGAGUGGUAG